CAUAGGGGCCAUCCAAACUUGGAACUACCGUACCAUUUUGAGUUGCUGCAACGAACCCAGAUUUAAUAUGUACAUUGUGCCAAUUCGAAAAUAGUCAUUAUUGAGCGUUUGUAUUCUUUUUUAUAUUCAACAAAUUCGUACUUUUUUCCUCUUUUCACUUCCUUGUUGUGGAGGGACGUCGCGGCGGUGCAUUCUGGGAUGCAAUGUCGCCAAUGGUUGUUAGCUAAUGCUAAUUCGCGGAGCAUCGCUACGAUUAUCUCUACACCUAUGCACGUUGUAGGGUUAUCAAGGUGUCUUUGAUAAUAACCGGACUGUACUGUUGCCAUGUCCACAAAAGCCGAAUGCAGAGUUUCUAGUUCUACCUCCAGGACGGACGACAAGAGCAGAGGUAGAGAAAAAAAGCGUAAACGCAGCCGUAGUAGAUCUUCCUCAUCGUCGUCUUCUUCCAGUUCGUCGUCAGAGUCGCUCUCAGCUUCGUCCACUUCUUCAUCGGGCUCGUCGCACUCAUCCAGCAGCAGCCCGAGUAGUUCCACAAGCAGCGACUCCAGAAGUAAGUCCAAAAAGCAGUCAAAGAAACGGAAAAGGGACAAACCAAAAAAGCCGAAGGCAAAGAAAGAGAAGCGACAGAAACGUAAAAAGGAAAAGAAAUCCAAAGGAGGGGAAGAAAACGCUGGGCCUGUUCAAAUAUCCAAGUACUUGAAAGAAAAGAAAAAAGGCAAGAAGUACAGCAUGAUUUCAGGAAAGAAGAUCAAGAUGAAAGUAAAGAAGUCAAAAAAGGAUAAACAGCGGGACAAAAAUCGAGCCGAACUUCUGGAGUUUUUGAACUCUACAUUGUGAUUUUUCCCGAGUGGACACGACCGCCGACCUCAGGAAACUACAAGUGGGCUGUCCAGGGGGAAGAAAUGUAAAUAAAAGGUUGAUGUUAAUUAAACCAGGGCAGGGCACACCUUGAAGCAGCGUACACACAUACCAAUGUUUAACAUCUUACUCAAUUAUUUAAAUGUGGCAAGAAAUAAGUGUGUGCCUCCAUUGACAAUUGCAACAUUCAUACCUUAAAACAAAAUGCUGAUGUGUAAGCUGCACAAAAGAAGCAAAUGAAGCACACAACAAAUAUUUUUGAAAUGAGAAUUUAUAUUUAUUACAUUUUGGCAUAUAAAAAACAUUCACAUGCAGAAAAAAAGCAUUAAUUGGAAUGAGAUUAAUCUGAAUAUCUAGUGCAUUAAACAUUGUGUUAUUUAAAAGCUAGGCAAGUUAGCGCUUUUCUCAAAUGACGUCACGUUCGCUCAUGAAUAUUCAGCAGAGCUCUCAGUCGGACAAACACAGUUGGAAAGGAGGGCGACAUUCCAACACCAUGUUAUUGCCAAACUUCGUGUGGAACAAGUCAAACGUUGGCUGACAUGCAGUCAGCGUGAAGAAACCCGUUUUGGUCGAUAGGUAAGCUUUAUUGUGUGAUAGCUACUGCAUUUUGCUAACUUUUUUUGUUAAAAAACUGAAAAGCCCCGAUAUUGUUUACAUGUGACGUCACCGUUCUGACAGCUUUAGCAUGCUAACGCUGUUGCCACGCAACUCACCGAGACAACCACGUUCCACAAUGCUUUAUCAAAUCCAAGUCUUGCGUAGAUAUAACGACCAAAGGUUCUCAAAGUUGCUCGGGUGUGUCAAAAGUUACCCUGAGUGUCAACUAUGCAACUAUGACUUCUACUUCCAGUGUAGCUAUCGUACGGUCUCUUCUUCGCAGCAUUCGACGGAAGUUACGUUCGUAGUGCGUACUUAUAUUGCCACCAAGUGGCGAACGUGAAAAAUACACCCCAACCAACCAUCAUUAAAUCCAACGCAAUAAAAUAUCCGACAUGCAUUGAUAAUAAUCCUCGGUUUGGAUUGUCAGCAAGUUAUCUCAGUUUCUUUUAGUGGUUUUAGUGUACCUAAUAAAGUGGGCGUUGUGUUCAACGUGAAUGAAUAUGUCAAACAAAAUAGUCCGUUAUUGUUUCAAACCAGUUGAACGCGUUCAUGGACCCAAAUGAAAAUAAACCGAUUUCUCGCAUUCUCCUGUAAUAUUUUAUUAGCAUUCAUUCAUUUGCAGCUUGUAAAGAGAAGGUAGAGAAGCAAAGCGUUCAGCUGGCUGACCUUGUGUGGGGGAGUGUUGCGCGUGGUCAUUGUGUGCUGAGAAAGAGUGCAAAGAGUGACUCAUCCUCAGAGUGAUGGGGGUGGGACAUCAUUUCCUGCUUAGACAUAAAAAUACAGUGCACAGAUAAAA